GGGCCGUCCGCAGGCUCCGCUCGUCCUCGUCGUCGUCGUCGUCGUCGCCGGUCCUCGUCGUGCCGCCGCUCGUCCUCCGCUGCCGGCUCCACGGGCGGACGGUCAGCGCGGUGCCAGGCGCUCCCGGCUGCAACGCACCGAGCGGGGCCGGCCGUUAGCGGCGAUCGCACGGCCCGCACACGGGCGGCGCGGGGCCCGGGGCUCGCCGUCCCCGCACGGCCGUCCCCGCACGGCCCCGAGCUGCCCGAGCUGCCCGAGGCGCGGGGAGGAGCCGCCCGCAGCCAAUGGCCGCCGCGCAGCCUCGCUCCGGCCCGGGGGGCGCCGAGCACAGCGGGAAGCGGUGCGAGCGCCGCUCGGGAGGAGCGCGCAUGCGUGGGGCCGGGCCGGGGCCGCUUCCGGCUGAGGGCCUGCAUCCGGGCGGCGCCGGGCUGCGGAACCUACCAGGGCCAGUUCACCAACGGCAUGCGGCACGGCUACGGCGUGCGGCAGAGCGUGCCCUACGGCAUGGCUUCGGUGGUGCGCUCCCCGCUGCGCACCUCCCUGUCCUCCCUGCGCAGCGAGCACAGCAAUGGCACGCUGCCGCAGCAGGACUCCCCCGCCGCCCACCCCGAGAGCCUGCCCGCAUCGCCCACCAUCACCCGCGGCGGCUUCGCCCUCAGCCUCUACGCCGACGCCGAGGCCGGCAAGGUGAAGAAGGGGGGUCUGUUCCGCAGGGGCUCCUUGCUGGGGAAGCUGAAGAAGUCCGAGUCCAAGUCGUCGCUGGCCAGCCAGAAGAGCCGCGUCAGCUUCCUCAAGAGCGAGAGCGGGAUCAGCUCGGCCGCCAGCGAUGCCACCUCCACAGCCAGCCUGGGCGAGGGGGCGGAGGGAGAGGAGUACCCCCCCUUUGAGUCCGACAUCGACGCCACCACCACCGAGACCUACAUGGGCGAGUGGAAGAACGACAAGCGCUCGGGCUACGGAGUCAGCGAGCGCUCCAGCGGGCUGAAGUACGAGGGUGAGUGGCUGGACAACCUGCGGCACGGCUACGGCUGCACCACGCUGCCCGACGGCAAGAAGGAGGAGGGCAAAUACCGCCACAACGUCCUCGUCAAGGGCAUGGAGAAGCGCGUCAUACCUCUGAAGAGCGCCAAGAUCCGGCAGAAGGUGGAUCGGAGCGUGGAGGGGGCCCAGAGGGCAGCAGCCAUCGCCAGGCAGAAGUCGGAGAUCGCGGCAUCCAGGACAACUCAUGCCAAAGCCAAGGCUGAAGGCUCUGAGCAGGCAGCUCAGGCAGCUAACAACGAGUCGGGCAUAGCCAGGAUGAUGGCCAGGGAGCUCUCCCCAGACUUCUACCAGCCAGGCCCCGAGUACCAGAAGCGGAGGCUGCUGCAGGAGAUCAUGGAGAACGCAGAGCACGCCGUCAACAUGGAGGAAGCGACACCCCCUCAGCCCAAAGGUGCCCCGCCACCCCCAACACCUCCCGAGAGCCCCCAGCUGCACGAGCAGGAUGAGGCCCCCCGCCGACGCAGCCCAGCCCCCAGUCCCGCCGCCACCCCUCCGGAGGCCAAGCGGGCCAAGCCUCAGCAGGACGGAGCCCUGCGGCCCGGCAGCUGGGCUGGGGCGGGUGGCGGUGGGGCCUCCGAUGGCGAAGGCCGUCCGGCCUCGCAGGGCGCAGUACGGCCGGCCGAGCAGAUGGAGAUCAGGCCGCUGCAGCGCAUGGCGCGUGAGCCCGACGUCGAGCACUACAAGGGCUACCACAGCUACGCCGUCAGGACCUCCCCGGUCUCCCCCACUGCGGACUAUGAGGAGGAGCCGCACUCUGAGCGUGGGCCGCCAUCCCCGGAGCCCCAGAGAGAGCCUCAGCGGCGCGGGGGCACCCCGGUGCCCACACAGGAGCCCGCGGAGAGGCACGCGCCCCAGGCGGAGGCCAAGGCGGAGCAGCCGCAUCCCAAGGAGCUGAAGUAGCCCAGGCAGCGGCCCAGCCCCGAGCACAAGGCAGUGAGCAGGAGCGAGCCCGCUGCUGACAGAAAGACUGAGGGCCGGGCGCCAGGCCGGACGGAGCACAAGGCGGGGGCCAAGCGGAGCCCGGCCCCGGCGGUGGCGGUGGCAGCAGCGCAGGACGCAGAGGAGGGUGAUGAGGGACCUAACACAAUUGUGAUCUGCAUGGUCAUCUUACUGAACAUUGGUCUGGCCAUCCUAUUUGUACAUUUUUUGACAUGAGGUCCCCCUCGGACAAGGCGUUGCUGCUCACUGAGACCAUGGACCUUGGUGGGGAUUUAAUCUCAGUCACCUGGAAACACCUAUGAGAAGGACUUGAGAUCCCAAGGUUGCACUGCAAACAUGAACCUUAAGCAAAAGUACCUGAAGAUCCCCUGUCCAGUCUCCCUGCUCCCAGGCUGUGGCUGGCCUCUGCAAUCUACCAAGAAAAAGGCCGAAUUUCUACAACUCAACCUCCUUCUCUUCUUUGUAUAAAAUGGCAGUUGCCUUAAAUUAUUCUCACCAAAGCCAUCAACUGCCCUGUCAUGCCAGGGAUGAGGAAUUUAUCUUUAGCUGUAGGAAAGUGAGUGAGAAGGUCUCAUCCACGCACUGUGUUUUGUAAUUGUCUUGGUUGACUUGAUGUUGGAGGUUUCCCAAAGAGUAUCAUCCACGGCCUGAAAACGCAACAAUGUGCAACAACCAAAAUGACUCCUGAGAGCUGUGCCACGGCUAGGGCUGGGCAGCGUCUCCCUCCAUGCUCGUAUGUUAUUCAAAGGGACAAGCAAAAAGUCUUUCCUUUCCCCAUCAUAUGGAGUCGUUUUCCACGUACGGAGGACUGAGAGGGGGAGCAUGUUGACACUGGGCUUGGUGAAGUGUGACCGGAGCCCUGUGAAUGCCUGCCGACGAGCCAUGGUCGGGGCUGCGGGGUGGGGUGUGAGGGGCUGGCUGGUGUGAGGCUGCUGGUGUGCCCAGGGGUGCUGCGGGUGCAGACAGUGCCCAUUUCAGGGCUGGGCACCAUCCAAGCUCUCUCGUGCCGCCAGCAAUGCUGUGUGUGAAAGCAUCUUGCAGCGGGUGACUUCCCUCUGUAACGGGAAAGGAAAUCAAUGUGCUGAAUUUGCCCCUUUACCCCUUUUUUUUUCUUUUUUCCCUAUGAAAAUGGUGCGAGUUACAAUUGAAAGGAGGUACUUACUGAACAAUACCCCUGUAUACCCACAGGUUCCUCCUCCUCCUCCUCCUCCUCCUCGUAGUGCUGAGCUGUGAGGGGGCUCCUCAAAAGUGCUGCUUUUUCACCGAAACAAAGCAGACAGCCUUUCCCAGCAGAGCGUGCAGGGUGGCUGUUGUGGGAGAGGUGAGGUUAUUCCUGAAAGGAGAAAGGUGCAGAGACCCGAGUGACUCCAGUGUGUUUGGGCAUUGCGCUCAAAACUAUGCAGCAGCCAGCCUUUCAGCAAGGGUAGAGCACAGAGGGGCAAUAGAGCUGUUGUUCUGUGUGCCAGGCUUAGAGGCCUGGACAGUUUGCAGCAAUUCUUCCCAAGGCUGCAAUAGAGAAGUGACCUUUGGAAGGAGAUGUUGCCACUGUGAUCUGCUCUGAUCCUUAGCAGUGUGAGCUUAGAAAGUCGGCACAGAUGAAGUUACAGUUUAGUGUGAGGCUGAGUGCUUGGACCUGUUUCUUCCUUCUUUUAAGAGCAAUAUGUAUUUUGUAUCUAUUUUUAAGUUAAUCGGAAAUGUUAUUUAUAGUCGGUUGUGCACCUCUGUGUAUUCUGAAGUCUCACAGCACAGGACUGGGUGGGAAAACCUGAGAGACUGGAAAGAACGUGGAAGCGAUGGUUGAGGGAAAAAACAGAUGGCCAGUCUGCUCCAAAGGUCUUACGAAGAUGCAGAUAUGUUUCACUCUUCACACAAAAAUACCUUCAUCACAGAUUUUGCAAGCUGUGUACUACAAUCCAUGUACUGCUGUCUGGAGUUUUGUCGGUUGUUCUGCUGGAAUACGUGCAAUAAUAAACAGUUAUCUGCUCACUGUA